UCCUCGUUCUCAGACUACUCCACGUCGACUGGGGAAGGAAAACAACUUUAAAGAUUUUAUAGUGUUAAUAAUCCAUAUUAGCAGAGUUUCCGAUAUGUCUUUCCCAGUAUAAUUAUUCCACCUAUAGUUCCAAUGUGUUAUUUUUAAUUUUCAAGAUCGAACAUAGUGAAUAUGGAGAUAUUCGUUCAACGAACUUUGGACUUUUGACUGUAUUUGGUAGGGUUGAUUUUGAUUGAGAAAGAAAGGGCCUUAUUGCCCCUAUACUUUUGCUUGUUCUCGUGGGCUUUGUUUUGUUGCCGUUGUUUAUUGUGUGCCCCAUUUUGCAUUAAAUUAUCUGUGUUAAAGUGUUAAAAGUGUUUGUCUACACCCAGUCACUCUUUCUGUUUUUCUUUAUUUUAUGUAUGUGUCUGCCAACAGACACAUACAUGUGAUGGCAACAACUUCCCCGCCCCCUUUUUUUUUAUUCACUUAACUUGGCUUGGUGGUCGCAGAUCAAUUUUUAACAUCAUAAUAUAAACGGAACCCGGUAGCUCUGACUCCUCCCACUAGGGGGCAGUGACGUAACACCGUCGAGGUCAACCGCAAAGAAGAAGAUCCGGCCGUUUGCUUCGCUCGCCGGCAACAAGGAGCCGAAGCCCGCGUCCUGGUGGUCAAAGCCGGGGGGGGAGAAUAUGCGCUCGCUUGUCGGACUGAUCGCGGUGGUCGUCGCAGCCAGCGUGUACCUGUAUUAUCUGUCGCUGUACCUGCCGGCCGCACCGCGGCGACGUCCUCCUCCGCCCGCCGAGGGACGUCAUGAGGAGACGGAGGAGUCCGAGCCACCCAGCAGGUUGAAGUUCCCAUCGGACCUGGAGGAGCUGAGGGAGCUGGCUGAGCUGCUGCAGUUCUACAAGACGGAGCACACUGGAUAUGUUCUGCUCCUCUUCUGCAGUGCAUAUCUCUACAAGCAGUCCUUUGCCAUUCCUGGGUCCACGCUUCUGAACAUUUUAGCAGGUGCUAUAUUUGGACCCUAUCAAGGACUGCUGCUAGCCUCUGUGCUCACCACUGUGGGCUCCACCAUGUGCUACCUCCUGUCCAAGGCUUUCGGAAAGCGCUACAUCAUCAGCCUCUUCCCCGAUAAAGUCUCCAUGCUACAGAGGAAGGUUGAGGAGAACCAGGACAGUUUGUUUUUCUUUCUGCUCUUCCUGAGAUUCUUUCCCAUGACUCCCAACUGGUUCCUGAACAUGUGCGCCCCGAUUGUCAACAUCCCCAUCACCUUCUUCUUCGGCUCGGUCUUCAUCGGCCUCCUGCCGUACAACUUCAUCUGUGUGCAGACGGGCGUCAUGCUGUCCGAGUUGACGUCGUUGGACGACCUGUUCUCCCGGGACAGGCUGCUGCAGCUGCUGGCCAUCGCCUGCGUGGCCCUGCUGCCCGGCGCGCUUAUCAGACGCUUGAGUCAGAAGCGCCUCAAAGCGGACGUCCAAUCGCAGAACGGGUCCGUCGCGGAUAAGAAGGUCCAGUGAUUUGUCCCGGGGAUGUAGCGCCCUCCACCCUCAAGAAGUGGAUGUGUUUUUCUGGGAUUUGAAGUAUUCUGUCUAACCAAAUGUUGGUGUUUCUGUGCCAUGAUGUCUAUGGGCACAGCAUGUGUACAUGUGACGUUGAUUUGUAAGUAUGAAUGUGCAGAAAGGGACAAUCAACUCUGAGAGGUUCGA